CAAGCUAGGCUACACCUACACUGGGCACCCUGUGUAAAUUUCCCACUAGAUCCACUCGAGGGUAGCCUAGCUGCCUGGGAAUGCUGCCCGGACUACAAUCCGGAGCUGCUGCCUGAAGCCGCUGAAGCUCUCGCGCCUCUCUGGCGGCGGUGGGGUCAAAGUGACCUUUGCCUUCUCCGUCCUUGCGGGGCGGGGGGAAUCUGGCGCGUCUCUCAUGUGUUUGCGGGGAGGGCACCCUGAUGGCCACCGAGGAGGGGUGAUAGCAUUGCCAGGUGGGCAAGUAAUGGGGGGUAGACCCAGCAGCAGGAAGGGAGAGAAGGGGGGGGCGCUCAGCUUAGUGGAGCAAGUCUGAGCUCACUCCUAUUCAGUCGAGUUGCUUAGGUACCUAAAAAUAAUGGAGCCUGGAAAGGCAGCUGCUGAUGCAGGAGCUGUGGUGAGGGGGCAGGUAGGAGGAAGGCUGAUCUCCCCACCCCUGUCCUUGUCACCCACUUGGAAGAUGCUCUGCAGAGCUUACCCCUCACAUAUUUCCCAGUUUGGCGGCGGCGGGGGGGGGGUUUCUUCCCCCUUCUCAGUAGCCAGGAACUCCCUUGGGUUGACUCAAUUCAGUUUCAAGCUAUUUUCAUGUGCCGUAAAAGGCAGCUGAAGAACAUAUAUGAAGUUGCCUUCUGAGUCAAAGUUCUGGUUCAUCUAGCCCAGGACUGUGUACUUGGGACUUGGACAUAGAAACCACUGAGCUGCAAUCCCUCCUCAACUGGAGGGAUAAAGGAGAGAGGUCUGGACAGGGAGUGUUGGAGAGGAAAAAGACUGAAACAAGUGCAGCUGUGAGAAAGAAGGUCCACAAAGUGGAAUCUGGGUUUCCAAAACCUUCAUCCCACAAGAGAAUAAGAUGUUCUUAUUGGACACUGCCCUGGAACACAGAUUAAAGAUGGGAAAGAAAGAUUCUCCUGGCCUCGAUGCAGGAAAUGGCCCUGAUGCCACCCAGGCUGAGUGCAGUGGAGGAUUCUGGGAAAGGACCACACAGAAGAUCCUGAGUGGGGACAUCCUGAACUCAGAUAUACAGUGCCAAUGCUUCAGGCAGUUCGGCUACCAGGAUGCCAAGGGCCCCCGAGAGAUUUGCCACCAGCUGCACAACCUUUGCCGUCAGUGGCUGAUGCCAGAGAGACACACAAAAAAUCAGAUCCUGGACCUGGUGGUCCUGGAGCAGUUCCUGACCAUCCUACCCCCUGAGAUGGAGAGAUGGGUCAGAGAAUGUGGAGCGGAGACCAGUUCGCAGGCGGUGGCCCUGGCAGAAGGUUUCCUCCUGAGCCAGGCAGAGGAGAAGAAGCAGCAGGAAGAGCAGCAGAUUCCAGGACUGUUGUCAGAAGCAGUUCCUGGUUUCUCCGAGGCAGAGAGGGCUCAAUUGGAUGCCAAACAGAGGCUGCUGUCCAGGUGGACCUCACAGGAAGCUGGCGGAGCUGCCACUUCACUGGGUACUGGACUGACUCUGCCAAUGGAUACUCGACCAUCUCUCCUUGCUGGUGGAGCGGAAGCGGCUUCAAGGCAACUAGACCAAGGUCCGGUGAUUUUUGAGGAGGUGGCUGUGUAUUUCACAGAGGAGGAGUGGGCUCUGCUGGAUCCAGCCCAAAGAGCCCUGCACAGGGCAGUCAUGGAGGAGAAUUAUGAGAAUGUGUCCUCUCUGGUUGGUAACAGCUGGGAGCGUGAGAAUGAGGGAAAAUGCCACAGAGGAUUGUUGGGAGGUGCUGGAAGAACACAGAGGAAACAGCAAAGAAUAAAAAAUGAAGUCAAGCAGAAGAAAAGGAAUGGAUCUCCUGCUUCUCAGCAUGGUGAAUUGCAUAUAACCACAAUCCAGGAAAAGAAGGAGAAAGCAGAGAAAACUCUUUGCCCUUUCAAAAGGAGGAGCGUCUGUUCUAAAUCUAGCCUUCAACCUCAAGGGAAAAUGCAUACAGUGGAGAAACCAUACAGAUGCUUGGAAUGUGGGAAAAGCUUCAGUCAUAGAGCUAGCCUGACUUCACACCAAAGGAUCCACACAGGAGAGAAACCUUAUACAUGCUUGGAGUGUGGAAAAAGCUUCAGUCGCAGCACAGGCCUGACUUCACACCAAAGGAUCCACACAGGAGAGAAACCAUAUACAUGCUUGGAGUGUGGAAAGAGGUUCAGACACAGCCCAAACCUGACUUUGCACAAAAGGACUCACACAGGAGAAAAACCUCAUACAUGCUUGCAGUGUGGAAAGAGCUUCCUUCAAAAUCACUCCCUCAUUUCACACCAAAGGAUUCACACAGGAGAGAAACCAUAUACAUGCUUGCAGUGUGGAAAGAGCUUCCUUCGAAAUGACUCCCUCAUUUCACACCAAAGGAUUCACACAAGAGAGAAACCAUAUACAUGCUUGGAGUGUGGAAAGAGCUUCAGUCGAAAUACACAUCUCACUAGACACAAAAGGCUUCACACAGGAAAGAAACCGUAUUCAUGCUUGGAGUGUGGAAAGAGCUUCAGUCGAAGUACAUCUCUCACUUUACACCAGAGGAUUCACACAGGGGAGAAACCAUUUAGAUGCGUAGUGUGUGGAAAAGGCUUCAGUCAAAGGCCACAUCUCACUGUACAUCAAAGGAUUCACACAGGAGAGAAACCAUAUAGAUGCUUGGAGUGUGGGAAGGGUUUCAGACACAGCACAAGCCUGAUUUCUCAUCAAAAAUUUCAUGCUGGUGAUUCCAUAUAAAUUCUUGCAGUGUGGGAAGAA